AUGCCUUAUGAGCUAAUUAUACUCGUUAUUGUCUUUAUUUUUAGCCUGGAUGUACUAGAAAUUGUACAAAUAUCUGCUAAAGACGAUAGUGGAGUUGAAUUCCCUCCAUCAUGGCACUUUUUUGAAAAUCACUACAACUUUGAUGAUUACAAAUUCGGAUUUACUCUACCUAAUACAAAGAAAUUUUAUGUUAAGCAUAAUUAUAAGAUCGAUUUUAACUUAGUCUACUUUCCUCUUAUUUCUAGAGAGUAUGAGUUAGAUCAACAAAUAAGCCACUUUUUAAGUGCUCCAGUUCAACUUGAAUAUUUCCAUACAUAUGAAAGAAUAGUGAAUUCUUACAGAGUUAAAGAGUUAAGUACUUAUCAACGAAAAUUCCAUAUAUGUUAUAGGCAGCCAAAUACCUUCAAAUCUGCAAGUACUGUGAAAUUACCAUUAUACACAAUAGAACUUAAAUUCGCUGGUAACUUAGGAAAAGGUAAGUUUUUGGUAAAUUUCAACACUGUAGGAUUAUGGGUAUGGAGUCCAGAUUAUACUAUUAACUCAACUGUUGAGUUAAAAAGAGUAGGGGCUGAUAGGAUUAUUUACAAUAGCAGUACUCCAGAAAUUGAUUGCAUAGCUGAAGGCUCACUAAAAAAGAUAAAUGUUUCAAUAGAAUACCUAUAUUCAAAAAUAAACCUCUCAACUAUAAAUAUAGAAAUGCCAACUGUUAUGGUUUAUUCAGCAUCUCCUUUUUUAAAUUCUUUUUUAAAAAAUAAUAGGCUUGAUGGGAUUUUAGGGAUUGGAAAUAGAGUAAAUCCUAAGUCAUCUUACAAGAUUAUACAGCCACCAGGACUAUUUCCUUUAAUAGCAAAUUACUUAGGUCCAAAAAGACAUAAAUUUGCAUUAACAUAUAACUGUAAUAAACCAAUAGAAAAUUCAAAUUUACAAACUUUAAUACUUAAUGUAGCUAACAAGGAUGUUAUUUUGGACUAUUCCAAUACUAGGACAAAUAUGUCCCGAUACAAGAUAGAAGUUAAAAUUGGAAACCAAACAAUUCAAGCUAGUAAUAUUUUGUUUGAAAUUAAUUUUAGUACUAAUGGAACUAUCAUACCAGUAUAUAGACAUAAACAGAUCUUGAAAUUUCUUAGUAAUAUUGCCACUAGAUUUGGUCAUACCUGUACAAGUAAAGAAAGUUUUUUUGGCCAAGUAAUAUCUUGUGAUUGUGGCAUUUUUAAAAGUCAAAUAGCAAUGACAAUAGAGAUAAAAAAAAAUUUAUUUGAAAAAUAUACACUAGACUUAAGAGACUUUUUACUCUCAGAAAAAAAAGAAUUAUUUAAUUCUGGAAGUGAAAUAAAUGAUUUUCAAACCUGUGAAUUGAAUAUCUUUUCAGCAAAGCGGUAUACAAAACUUUACGAGAAAUGGAUAUUUGGAAAUGUUUUAUGUAAUUCAAAAGAUAUAAAUUUAUUUUCCCAAGAUUCAUAUGAAGAAAAAUGGGAUAUUGGGUAUCCAGUCUUAUUAUCAUACAAGGACUUGAUCUGUAUAACUUUAACUGAUAUAAUAACAGAUUUACCUCCUAAUCUAAAUUCCAAUGAAAUAACAACGCUCAUUGCCACUGUUGUUUUAUUAGUACUUCUGUUUAUAUGUCUUAGAGUCUGCUAUCAUACUGGGCACCAUGUAAGGCGAAGACUUUCAUCUAGAUAUGCUAGUAAUAUGAGGCCUAUUAUAACAUCUCCAGUGCGUGUCUCUACAAUAAAUCGUGUCUCUAGUAAUGAAUCAUUUCAUCAAAAUCAUAGUCACACUAACUAUAAUCGCUGA